GUUGUCAGAGAAGGAAAGGAGAGAUAGGCAACAAAUAAGUAUUUAUGGUGUAUCUUAAAAUUUGUACGUUAGCAUUUUAUACUAAAGCGAAGUGCUGGGUGUAAUUAUUUAUUAGCCAAAAUGUGGAAUUUUGCGGUGCGGUGGUUUAGCCUGUUAAAUCUUUAUUGUCUAUUUCUGUGCUUGGAUAUAUCUUGGGAGUAUCAAGCUAUGACGCGUGAUCUUGCGACCAAGAGAAGUGAAUGUGUUGAAACUGACAAAGACGGGCUAUGCACAAAGUGUUCAACUUUCAUAAUAGAAAAUUCACAUCAGUGUGUCUCAGAAUGUCCAGAAAAUACAGAUACCUCAUACAGAGAGGGCGCUGAAGUCAUUGGCUGGGUUUGUGUUUACCAUGAUAAAGACGAAACGAGCGCGAAACGCUCAAGUAGAAACGGCGUCGUGAUUAUAGUUCUCACCGUGAUCGUUUCCCUUGCAUCCAUUGCAGUGGUGGUUUUCCUUGUUUUUCGAAGAAGAAUUACUUCCUCAAGAUUGUCAAGAAUUCUUGGUAAUCGUAAGUUGUUCUUCUCAAGGGAUCGUGGAGACAAAAAAUUUGACGACGACCGUGGGAUAGAACAAGUGGGUGAAGAACUCAGUCAUCAAAAAAUUUUAAACCUUCGGAGAAAGAAACCAGUAAUCUUGGAAAUUCUAGACAAAGCAAAGAAGAUAGAACAGGAUCAAACAAGUCCAAACAGGAUUGAAAGAGAAGUAUCCCUUGGCUUGAUCUUGAUUUUGCAACUUCUAGAAGAAUAUGAAACAAAGAUGAAGAUAACCAGUAAAUCACUGACGCCAGGAAUGAUUGCUAGACUCAUGUCUUGGGGUGAACAAGUUAUAGCAUCUUAUGAAAAUUCGUCACUGUCAUCCAAGGAUCAAGAUGGAGGCUCAGUACAAAGCAUUAAGGACAAGCCACUGAGGUUUACUGCAGUUCCUCACUAUUAUUCCAAGGAAUCUGCAUUAAGCUUUGUCAUGAAAAGGAAUGACCAAUUGAAUUUUCCUGCCACGGACCUGUGACCUCUCACUAAAUCUACAUAACCAUUAAUGUUUUUGAGAUAAUUGCUUCUUCCUAUAGUGUCACUGAUAAUCAACUCAUAUUUCAGAAAAUGUAACUUAAUGAUAAAACACAUUUGUGUUUAGCAUUAUCAUUAUGUAUCACUGAUAUUUUAAUUGUGUUCAACAAACAAUUGCAAAUGUAAUCUUUAUCUAUGUAAUGUAACAAGUGAAAUAGACCAAUGUAACAAUAGAACUUCUUAAUAAAUAAUCGGAAUUAUCAA